CUUUUGCAACUUUCCCAAGUCUGUGCACGAGAGGGAGAGGAGAAAAACUCAGAGAGAAGUGGCCUGGCUUUCACAAACUUUAUUUUGUUCCCUAAGCCUUUUUUCUCUGGCCCAGUGAGACUGUUGCUCAAGAAGAGCCCUCCAGACUCAGAGAGGAUUCCCAUCUGCCCUCGGAGUCCACGUGCUGCGCAGCCACAACUGCUCUGAAGCCCCUCCAUGAAUCCCCGGAAGAAGGUGGACCUGAAACUCAUCAUCGUCGGAGCCAUUGGUGUGGGAAAGACCUCCCUCCUUCAUCAAUAUGUGCACAAGACAUUUUACGAGGAAUACCAGACCACACUGGGGGCCAGCAUCCUCUCCAAGAUUAUCAUAGUGGAUGACACAACUUUGAAGCUUCAGAUCUGGGACACAGGCGGUCAGGAGAGGUUCCGCUCCAUGGUGUCCACAUUCUACAAAGGCUCCGAUGGCUGUAUCCUGGCUUUUGAUGUCACCGACCCAGAGUCCUUUGAAGCCCUGGAUAUCUGGAGGGGCGACGUUCUGGCCAAGAUUGUCCCCAUGGAGCAGUCCUACCCCAUGGUGUUGCUGGGGAACAAAAUCGAUCUGGCAGACCGGAAGGUGCCCCAGGAGAUGGCCCAAGGCUGGUGUCAAGAGAAAGAUAUCCCUUACUUUGAAGUCAGUGCCAAAAAUGACAUUAAUGUGGUGCAAGCCUUCGAGAUGCUGGCCAGUCGGGCUCUGAUGAGGUAUCAAAGCAUCUUAGAGAACCACCUCACAGAGUCCAUCAAGCUGUCGCCAGACCCGUCAAGAAGUAGAUGCUGCUGA